AUGGAUCUAAAGACUGGCUCUCUCCUGGUAGCGCCCGCCGUGAAAAACUCGAGCUGCUCGCAUCCGCGCUACUCCGGCCACAACUUCAUCGCCCACAUUGGGAUUGCGGAGACCAUCGAGGCGGUGCUCAUCCUGGUCCUCACACUGGGCGUCAUCGGGGCCAACUGCCUGGUCAUCUUCGUCAUCAACAACCGCCGCUAUGCGGCCUACAUACACCAACAGCCCCGUUAUCUGCUCACCUCGCUGGCCCUGAAUGACCUGACAAUUGGCCUGCUAAUUACGCCAUUCGGCCUAAUGCCGGCAUUGUUCCACUGCUGGCCGUACGGAGAGAUCUUCUGUCAGAUACAGGCCCUGCUCCGUGGAGCGCUUUCCCAGCAGAGCGCCGUCAUCCUGGUUUGCAUGGCAGUCGAUAGAUACAUGUGUGCCCUGCAUCCGCGGCGCUACUACCAGCACUCCAGCAAGAAGGGCUGCGUGGCCAUACUGAGCUUAACCUGGAUUAUCAGCCUGACGGUGUUUGGCUUUCUGGUGCUGCCCAAAGGUUACUACUUCAACAAUACGGGUCUAAUGGCCUGCGAGCCCUUCUACAGCAAGCCAUCCUACAGGAUACUGUCCACGUGCGCCCUCUACUUUCCCACGACGAUGGUGCUGAUGUACUGCUACGGCUCCAGCUUCCACAUGAGCCGCUUCCGGCUAAACGACCCGACCAUGCCCCUCACGGCCGCCGCCCACCACCCACAUCCGCACCCACACCCCACCGCCGCCCAGCAGCUGCAGAUGCACCAGCAGCACCAGCACCACCAGCAGGCGGGCAUGCACUCGCAUCUCUACCACGGCCACUCGCACCACCCCAACCACCCGAGCCAUCCGAACCAUCCGAACCACCACGGCCACCCACACCACCACGGACCGCCCGUUAUGGGCCAUCUCAGCAUGGCCAUGAGCAUGGGACUGGCCGGCAUGCCGAACAUGACAAACAAGAUUACCAAAAAGAUUGUUCCCAUCCAGGAGAAGAACUCCAGCGGUUCCACCUCGCGCUCGAUGGCCGCCAUUUCGCUGGGCUUCAUAGUGAUGGUCACUCCGUGGACGAUUCAGGAGAUAGUCACCGCCUGCACGGGAUCCAAGUUGCCGCCGUUCCUCGAUUUCCUGGUCACCUGGACGGCGCUGAGCAAUAGUCUGUGGAACCCGUUCAUGUACUGGCUGCUGAACUCCGACUUCCGCCGCCUGAGUCGCCAGCUGAUGCCGAACAAAUGCUUCCCCAACGAGGAUACACCCGAGCACAAAUCAGGCUGUUGUCACAUCAAUGCUAACGAUUUCGAAAUCACAACGCUUCCGAUUCCCCCGGAGCCGCCGUCAUCCCGUCCUCCGGGUGGAGCACUAGGAGCAGGAGGUCCAUCCACUGGAGGGGGAGCCAGUUCUGGCGGCGGAGUGGCCAGUUCCAUUAGCGGCUCCGUCCUCGGGAUCUGCGCCCGUUCGCGGACAAACAGCCUCAGCCGCAGUGCCUCCCAGUACAUCCGAGGGACCAUGGGCGGCGGAGUCCACAAUCACCAGGCGACGGAGGCCUUCUCCACCACGCGGCCAGACAUCGAGGGCCUCUCCGAGAAGUACUGGGGCGAGAUCCUGGAGAGAACCGUCAGCUCGGGCAACCUGAACGCCAUGCAGAAGCACCUGCCGCCCCACCUGCCCUACACCCACCACCUGGUCCACCAGCUCCACCAGCCGCAGCAGCACCACCAGCAGCAGACCACCUCCUUCAGCAAGGCCAGCGAUCUGCAGCUGAACCUGAACCUCAGCCAGGCGGCCACGGCUGCCGAGCUGGGCAAGUUCUCCAACUCGGAGCCGAAGCUGUGCGAGCACCUCUUCCACGACGUGAACUGCGCCAAGAGCAAGGCCGCCAACGGGGAUGGGGAGUCCUCCGGCAAGCUGGCCUGCGGCCGCAGCAUUCCGGACAUCUAGUACGCCGAGGACGUGAUCCUGGCCAAGAACCAACUGCUGGCCAGGCAGGCCAA